AUGAAGUUGGCUGUUCUGCUGGUUGCUCUCGCACCAGUAGCGACUACAGCUGCCCAACACAAGUCUGCUGAUGACUGGAUCACCACCAUCUGGGAUGACUUCAAGAAUGCAGUGGACUGCUUCAGCUGCCAGGCCCUCCUCGGCGGUCUCAAGCUUGUCUCCGGCCUUGGUGAAUCCUUUAUGGAGGAUGUUAUUACCGGUGUCUGCUCCAUCAGUGGUGCUGAAGACAGCGAUGUGUGCGCUGGCGUGAUUGCCAACGAAGGGCCUGCUGUUUAUUACUCGCUGAAGAAUCUGAAACCGGGCUCUCACACAGCCAAAACAUUUUGUGCAAGCUUGGUCGGUCUAUGCGAAUUCCCCAAAGUCCGUCCAUACGAGAUCUCCUUUCCUUCGCCCAAGCCACCAACCACCCGCCCUCUACCAAGCGAUAAAGCCCCGAUCAAGGUUGUCCACUUCAGCGAUACUCACGUGGACCUCUCCUACGAGGAAGGAUCUAACUACGAUUGCUCGAAACCGAUCUGCUGCCGCGCAUAUACUGAGAAAGACGCCCCCGGAAACACAACUUCACCAUGCGGACCCUGGGGAAAUUCCAAGUGCGACCCGCCGCAUCGCCUACAAGAGAGCAUGAUGGCUGCUAUUGCACAUAUCAAUCCCGCCUUCUCGAUAUACACCGGAGACGUAGUCGCCCACGACGUCUGGCUUGUCAAUAAAACAGAAGUCCUCCAAGACUUGAACGCGACCUACAGCUCCAUGGAAAAUAACUUGGGACUUGUUUAUGCCGCUCUUGGUAACCACGACGCUGCCCCUCUCAACCUCUUUCCAUCCGACAAAAUUCCAAGCGAAUAUAAUCCCCAAUGGGCUUACGAUGCCCUCGCGGAAGACUGGCUCACCUUAACUGGCAUUCCCUCCGUGCAAAAGGCCAGCGAAUAUGGUUCUUACUCCGCCGUGCACCCAGACAGCAAACUACGAAUAAUCUCCUACAACAGCAUCUUCUACUACAAAUAUAACUUCUUCUCUUACACCGAGCCCAUGGAAUUCGACCCAAAUAACCAGUUGGACUGGCUCAUCGCCCAGCUACAAGAAGCCGAAGAUGCGAAGCAGCGCGUCUGGCUUAUCUCCCACAUCCCAACCGGUAACUCGGACCAUUUCCGCGACCACUCUCACUAUUUCGACCAGAUUAUUCAGCGGUACGAUGCGACAAUCGCCGCGCUCUUCUUUGGACACACCCAUACGGAUGAGUUCCAGUUGUCGUACUCCAACUACAAGGAUCGAAGCUGGGACACCGCGACGGCAAUGGGCUACGUCGCGCCUUCAAUGACACCUACCUCCGGCCCCCCUUCAUUCCGGGUCUACGAGAUCGACCCCGUUACCUUCGGCGUCAUGGAUUUCACGCAAUAUAUUGCCAACAUCACCGAUCCUUCACUCCAGACGGAACCUGAAUGGAAACCUUACUACUCUGCCAAAGCAGACUACGGAUCAAAGCUCUCACCAGCCGUGAAAGACGCCGGGAUCGAGCUCACGCCGGCGUUCUGGCAUAAUGUCACUGUGGCUAUGGAGAAAGAUACCUCUGUCUUCCAAGACUUUUGGAGUCGACGAACUCGUGGGUUUAAUGUCCCGGCUUGUACUGGCGACUGCAUCAGUAAUGAGAUUUGCGCUCUUCGCGGUGCAGACGCUCAAUACUCAUGCUAUAAGCAGGCGCCUGGAUUCAGUUUUGAGAAACGGGAUGGAUCGGGUGUCUCGCAUCUUUCGGAGGAAAGUUUCCAGCAGCCGGAGUGUAAUCAUGCAGGGAUGGCGCCUCUUUUCGCGAAGAUUUCGCAUCGGGCGAAGCUUGCGAGGGAGAGGGGGAGUAGAGCUUGCAUCAAUUCGAGAUUACUAGAAUAUGCCAACCAUGCCAAUAGUUAUGCAUACCGACGACGCUGGAGCACUGUCACUAAAAUAUCAUCCUCUAACGGCCUUCGCGGAAAGGGACAAAUGUUGGACUUAAGGGGCAACAUCCAUUUCUUCGCCCCCAAAGCACGACGAUCUGACACAUCAGACCGCCUGAUGACUCGAUUGUCUCACUUGUUCUCUGCGGAGCAAUCUUGCUUUACUCUACUCCAGACUGGAUUAAGCGAGCCUUAG